AAGGAAGUUGACUGAAGGCUCCACACAUCAACAAAGUGCAAGAUAGCAAGCUGCUCCUCGGGCAACAUAAAUGACUACGCAAACCGUGUAUUAAUGAAUAUUUCUUUGUUAGCAUUAUCAUUUUUUCCCCUCCAUCCGUGAAUAUAUUGAGACGAAUAUCUAUUUGUGUUGUUUUCCAUCAGACGUCAUUGCUAAGAGGUUGUAGGGGUUGACAAAGCUCUCAGCCAUGGCCGACCCUGCUAGGAUGAAACCACCGGCAUCAACUGCACCCGAACCUAAACCAGAAGAGUCGGAGGAAAACGAAGUUGGUAAUAAGGGCCCCACUGGAAGCGAGGCAUCAGCAGAAUCCACUUCCCAGCAGACAGUCAAAGAUGACGAGAAAUCAGAACAUGCUAAGGAGGCCACCACAGGAGAGGACGAGGAGGAGGGAACAUCAGGACUUAAUGCCCCCGCCAAUAAAAAACUAAAAGUUGACCCUGAAAAGAAGAAGGAAAAGAAGCAAAAAGUAGAUGAAGAUGAAAUCCAAAAGAUGCAGGUGUUGGUCUCCUCCUUCUCAGAGGAACAGCUUAAUCGAUAUGAGAUGUACAGGCGGUCAGCAUUUCCCAAAGCUGCCAUAAAAAGGCUCAUCCAGUCAAUUACAGGAACAUCCGUCUCUCAAAAUGUAGUCAUUGCCAUGUCCGGCAUCUCCAAAGUAUUUGCUGGGGAAAUUGUAGAAGAAGCGCUGGACGUGUGUGAGAAGUGGGGGGACACCCCGCCCCUGCAGCCCAAGCACAUGAGGGAGGCCGUGAGGAGGCUGAAGAGUAGAGACCAGAUCCCCAACACCAAGUACAAGCGCACCUUCUUCCACUGAGAGGAGAGGAGAGGGUCACCACCAACAAGGACACUCCCGGGUCUUGUGCACGCACAUUGGCUUGUUUGAAAUGACCAGGGUUGCAUUUCCCAAAAACUCAUAGGUAGUACUUAAGCCUAAGUAGUACUUAAGUAUGAGGUGCCGCCUAGGCUAUAUAUCACAUCACCAAAAGUUUAUACAUAAAAUAAUUGUAUUGGCCUACAUGCAAUGUUUUGUUUUGGUACAUGCAAAUAAAAUGCUUUCGCAAAGUGCAUAUGCAAGGUAAAAUAGUGUAUUUAUAACUUUUUAGUGAUGAUGUGAGACCUAUUUCUGGUAUAUUGCCUAGAGGACACCUCAUACUUAAGUACUACUUAGGCUUAAGAGUUUUUGGGAAACGCAGCCCAGGCUGGUCAGUGGGUGACUUACAGCAAUGUUACAUGUUGGACUGGAAACGAUGUGGAGAAUGUUGUCACAAUGCACAUGGAAGGGUAUGGCGUUGUUUAGUGACAUUGGAUCCAAAUGUGUAACUUAGUUCAUGUCGGUUUUCUAAGCCAGCCUUUGACCAGCCUGAGCGAUUUCAAGUGAGUCAGAACAAGCUCAUGGUUUUGAUGUAGGUCAGCAGCUGAUGAUGAUAUGGAGAUCAAGCUGAGAAUCACUGCAAGCACUGAGUGACGUUGAUGUUUCAUUUCAGUUGUGUAAAAUAAUUAUGAACGUACUGUACAGAGACAUUGAAAUUCUGUUUUUCAGCCCUGUGUACACAGUGUGCCUGUGGGUAGACAAAAUGUAAAUAUGCUCUGUAUACCCUAAUUAUUAAAUAUUAGCAGUAGGCCAUCGUUUCUUGAUGUAUUAAGUUUUUAUCACUUUUUUUAACUGAAGAAUUUAAUAAAAAAAAGUGCAAGUUUCUGUUCA